GAAUUAUAUUCUCAAAGGGACUUUUUCUCUCUUUCCCCCUUCCUUCACUCAAAAUCUUCUCAUUACUCAUAAAAACACUCUCUGCAUUUCUUCAAUUUCCACCAUGUUCAACGAUCAAGCACUACCAGCAGGAACCUCCAGACCUACUCAUGGCGGAGACGAUGAAGAUCAAAUCCGCGAAAUCCACGCUCUGACUCCCACACGACCACCGCCGGUGACGGAGAAUCGGAACCGCCGCGGAGAGGCUUGGGAAACGGCGAGCCAGAGAUCGACUUCAAUGGCGAGCGAAGGCGCUUCCAGUGAGAAUUUUACUUCCAUAAGUAGAGAGUUCAAUGCUCUGGUGAUCGCCGGCGCGGAGAUCGGCGACGGUUAUCGCCAGGACCGGCCGAUUAACGAAGCUCCGAAUAACUUGAGCAGGAUUGGAGAGGAAGAUCAGGCUACGCCUGAGGAGGAGACGAAUCCGUUGGCGAUCGUACCGGACGGUCAUCCGUUUGAUGAUCAAUUAACGCCGUCGUCAAUCACGAGACAGGAGAACAGUAGCGGCGGAGGAGCAGCAGCGACAAGAGAGAUUUCGUUGCAGAUGGUGAAGAAGGAGGAGGUGGAGACGAAGAUUAGCGCAUGGCAGAACGCGAAGAUUGCAAAGAUUAACAAUCGGUUCAAGAGAGAAGAUGCAGUGAUCAGUGGAUGGGAGAGGGAGCAGGUUCAGAAGGCAUCUUCGUGGAUGAAGAAGGUUCAGAGGAGGUUGGAAGAGAGGAGAGCAAAAGCGCUUGAAAAGAUGGAGAAUGAAGUGGCGAAGGCGCGCAGAAAAGCAGAGGAAAGAAGAGCAUCAGCUGAAGCCAAGAGGGGAACAAAAGUUGCGAAGGUCAUUGAAAUAUCAAACUUGAUGAGAGCAGUUGGAAGGCCACCAGCCAAGCGCUCCUUCUUCUGAAUUCCUCUCUCUUUUGAUGACAGCAGUUGGAAUUCGUCUCUCUUUGUAAUUAAUUAAGGAGAUGGAUAAUCAAAACCCUCCAUAAACAGAUUUACAUUUUUCUUUUACUUGAGAGAACAAAGGAAAGCUAUAUUAUACAUCGUUCUCUACCAAGAUCAAAUCUUGGUUUCUGGUUGGUUUUAGUUUAAGAACUUGUAAGUAAGAAAUGGGCAAUUAGUCUAUGUGUUUAUACGAGUUUGUCUUUAUCAGACUUCUUUUA